AAAAAGGAGAACAUAGUAAUCCCUAUGCUGCAAAUGUGUUAGGGAUGGGGUCUAAUAUGCAAGUGGCUGUCAAAAUCUUCUUUUUUGCUUUUUGGGUAUCUUCUUUUAUACUCGCUGAAAAUCAAGAAAUCAAAUGUCUGCCACCUGAAAUACCACAUGGCUUUACGAACCCUGAUAAGGAGUACAAAGAAAACAAUAUACUACAAUAUAGUUGUGAAAAAGGGUACAAUCCCAGACCUGGAAAUCCUAGGUGCACAAAAUACGGCUGGAGUAUAAAACCAGAAUGUGAAAGUGUAAUUACUUGUCUACUUGGAUCACCCACAACUGGUGUUGUCAGCACAAAGCCAAUAGGGAAAAAUAUAUUUCUGGCUGGAGAAUAUGUGGAGAUUAUAUGCUCAAAAAAAUACUGGAUUUUUGGAACAAAGCAAGUGUCACGAAAUAUUAAAUGCCAAGAGGAUGGGAAAUGGGAAUUCAGGCCAGUGUGUGAGGAUACUACCUGUGAAUAUCCCAAAGGUGAACAUCUGUUAAAUAAUCCGCCCAACUUCAAGCGGAUUUAUAAAUCAGGGGAGAACACAUGGUAUAGAUGUGAAUAUGGUUAUCAAUGUACAGCUGAAAGUAUUACAUGUACAGAGAACGGCUGGGAGCCAGAACCACGAUGUAUUGAAAUUACUUGUCAAAAGCCAGAGAUUGCACAUGGAGAAGUGAUGGGGAUACAAAAGAAUACUUAUAAUAGAAAUGUAAAAAUAGCGCUCAAGUGUAAUCAAGGAUAUGAACCUGGAAUAUUUUUUGUCACCUGUAACCAAAAUGGGGAAUGGGACAACAUGCGACAAUGCACAUUGGGUAUAAACCUUAGAUGCCGAGAUCCUGAGCGAGAAAUAAAUGAUGCGAUUCGGAAUGACCCAAAUCUGAAGGCGUACUAUGAGGAAGGUGGCAGUGUACAAUACAAGUGUAAAGAAGGCUUCCACUUUCAGAAUGGGAGCAAAGCCAUGUGUUCUGCAGGAAAAUGGAAGUACCCACAAUGCAUAAAAUUAAUUACUUGUCUACUUGGAUCACCCACAACUGGUGUUGUCAGCACAAAGCCAAUAGGGAAAAAUAUAUUUCUGGCUGGAGAAUAUGUGGAGAUUAUAUGCUCAAAAAAAUACUGGAUUUUUGGAACAAAGCAAGUGUCACGAAAUAUUAAAUGCCAAGAGGAUGGGAAAUGGGAAUUCAGGCCAGUGUGUGAGGAUACUACCUGUGAAUAUCCCAAAGGCGAACAUCUGUUAAAUAAUCCGCCCAACUUCAAGUGGAUUUAUAAAUUAGGGGAGAACACAUGGUAUAGAUGUGAAUAUGGUUAUCAACGUACAGCUGAAAGUAUUACAUGUACAGAGAACGGCUGGGAGCCAGAACCACGAUGUAGUGAAAUUACUUGUCAAAAACCAGAGAUUGCACAUGGAGAAGUGAUGGGGAUACAAAAGAAUACUUAUAAUAGAAAUGUAAAAAUAGUGCUCAAGUGUAAUCAAGGAUAUGAACCUGGAAUAUUUUUUGUCACCUGUAACCAAAAUGGGGAAUGGGACAACAUGCGACAAUGCACAUUGGGUAUCAACCUUAGAUGCCGAGAUCCUGAGCGAGAAAUAAAUGAUGCGAUUCGGAAUGACCCAAAUCUGAAGGCGUACUAUGAGGAAGGUGGCGGUGUACAAUACAAGUGUAGAGAAGACUUCUACUUUCAGAAUGGGAGCAAAGCCAUGUGUUCUGCAGGAAAAUGGAAGUACCCACAAUGCAUAAAAUCCUUAAAUACUGAUCGGGAAGGAAAAAAUGAGACAGUCCAAAGUGAAGAAUCUUUUUUGCAUGAAAAUGUCACAGCUGGACAAACCAGACUACAGUCCAAAGAGGUUACUUGCACAGAAGGAGAACUCCAAAAUGUAAAAAUUGUUUAUGGAUUUCCAGGAGUUUCCCCACCAUUUAAACCUAGACAUUCUUUGAACUUCCAAUGUACCAACCCUGGUUGGACUAUGACAGGACAAUCAUCAAUUACAUGCAGAGAAGAUGGAACAUGGAGUAGUCCAUACCCUACAUGUUCAGGCUGUGGCCCUCCACCACACAUUGAAUUUGCAGAUUUAACUACUUUACAAAAAUCCUACUAUAUAAAUGGAGAACGAGUUGAAUACCGCUGCCAACAGUAUUACACUAUAUGGUCACUAUAUGGUCAGCCCUUUAAGACCUGUGCACAAGGAACAUGGAACGGAUCUGUUAAAUGUUUAAAACCCUGCAUUGUGACCAUAGAAGAUAUGGAUGCCAACAACAUAAGGCAAUAUUAUGGGCAAAAAAGAAAAAUGUACUCACAGCAUGGAGAUCACCUUAGCUUUACAUGCCAGUCUGGAAAACGACCAAUGAAUAAGGUGGCCUUCCGUCAACAGUGCAGAGAUGGAGAAAUGCAUUUGCCACUUUGCAUGUAAAGUAGAUCAGGUUACUACUAAACUAUAACUGAAGGGGUAUGUUUGUAACCCCAAUUUGAGUUCAUUUUAAAUUACUAUUGUUAGUUUGGUUUAAUGUCUUUUAAAGUAGAUGCAUUUUCAUUGUCACAUAGAAAAUAUUCAUAGUAUCUCAGUGUCACUUCUAUAAAGGAAGUAUCAAGUAAAUCAUAUAAUGUAUUCUUAAAACAAUGUUUUAGAAUGUCCAGAAUGAUUGAGGUUGUUGGGAAUUGGAAUAGAUAUGGAGAUGUAAUCAUGUGACCUUAUGUGACAAAGUACAAAUUUAAUUGCUUACCAAUUUUCAGUCCCCUGUCAAAUUAUCUAACUGAAUAAACUUUAUACCUUGUCAAAUACAUAUUGUGUACCCUUGAUAAUUAAUCUGUGAAGACCAUGCACAACAGCACCAUCAAUGAUGCUACGAAAAAUACACAGAAGCUAGGCUGGGGCUGAUUUCUUCCUAGCCUAUAAAUUCAUGUGGCUCAUCAGUGCAAGUUCCUAAUCUGCCACUAACCACUAGUAGGCGCCACCACUUCCUGACUCUUAUUGGAAGAAAGGAGAAAGGCAAAUGUAACUCCACUGAGAGCCCCUGGUAUAAAAGCCCCCAAGGGACGGACUCUCUCCCUCUUGUCCUGUACCGUAGUGAACAGACAAAAAGGAGACACCCUCUGAAGAAACACCUUAGUGAAAAAGAAAAUAUUAGUCUUUGUGUGCACUUGGGCCCUAUUUGCAGCAACACUAGAGUAAUGCAUGAAGCAGCAGGACCCUUCUGUGCGCUUCAAAUCAAGAUUUUAAUUUUUCCUUGGGACUAACGGAAAAAAAUCACACCGAGAUGCACCACUGCACAGAUUGCAAAUCACGUCUGCCUGACGUCUAUUACCUUGGACCACGUGAGCCGACCAACCAGAUUUCCUGGGAUGUGCAUAAACAAGAGUAACUCAAAGUGAGACUGAGUAUCUGGGCAUUUUCUAUUUCUAGUAAAGUAAUUUUUAUUUUAUAACCUGAAUUUGACUUCAUUGUAUGCUGUUUCUUAUGACUCUUGUACCCUGGUUUCUUACACCCUCCUUCAGUUGUAGGUUUUUAUUUAUCAGGGCAUAAAUAACAAUUGUGUGGAAUUAACCAACUUCUAUAAACAAACAAAUAACCUCAGGUGACAACAAAAAACACCAGAUUUCAAUAUGUAGUCAUUUCCCCCCCAUAAACUAAACCCACAUUCAGAAAACAGUUGGGGAAAAAUAAGUACACCCUUCCUAAUUCCAUAAGUGUUAAGAGAAUAAUUAGCAGCCAGGUGAUUAACUAAUCAAGAAGUGUGACUACCUUUAUAAAAGCAGAAAUUUUGGUAGUUUGGUGUUCUAGGGCACUCCAGAGCAUGUCUAAAAACUGCCAAGAAGAAAGGAUACCAACCAUGACCUCUGAAGCAAUUGUUGCUUCUCAUCUUUCCUGGAAGGGUUAUAAGUCAAUAUCCAAACAAUUUGAAAUUCACCAUUGUACAGUGAUAAUGAUUGCUUUCAAAUGGAGUGAUUUCAAGACAGUUGCCAAUCUUCCCAGGAGUGAAUCAUGUGGCAUACAAGCCCCUGUAAGCGCAUUAAAUAUGUAUGUUCAUGGCCUCAAAAUCAGAAAAAGACCAAAAAAGUAUGGCUCUCUCCAAAAAGAAUGGCAGCAUGAAUUAGGUUUGCAAAAUUGUAUAUGAAAAAAAUCCCACAACAGUUCUAGAACAAUAUUCUGAGGACUGAUAAGACCAAAGGUGGAGAUGUUUGGUUAUCAUCUUUUGUGAAAACCAAACAGAAUUUCACCACAAACACCUCACACCAACUGUCAGCAUGGUGGAGGAGGGUUGAUGACUUAGGCUUGUUUUGCAGCCACAGGCCCUGGGAAAAUUGUUGUCAUUGAACUAACAUUUUAUACCAGAAUAUUCUUGAGACAAUGUGAGGCAGCUGUCCAGCAGCUUAAGCAGAGCUGAAAUUGAGUCAUGCAACAGGACAACGAUCCCAAGCACACCAGCAAAUUGACAUCUGAAUGUAAAGAAGGUGAUGGAAUGGCCAAGUCAAAGAGAUGCUGUGGCAGGAUCUUAAGAGAGCUAUGCAUAAAUGAAUGCCCUCAAACAUCAAUUAACUGAAGCAAUGCUGUAAAGAGAAGUGGGCAAAAAUUUCCCCAAAACAUAAUGAGAGACUGACAAACUCCUACAGAAAACAUUUGCUACAUGUGAUUCUAUUUGGUGUGCCAUGCCUCAGUCAAAAGGAGUUUCCUGACAACCUCAGAAAAAGAGUUAUCAGUGUUCACCAGACUAAGAGUUUGGUCUCUACUAAUCCACUGAGAGGCAGAUGAUAUAGAAAUGGAGGAAAUUCAGCACCACUGUUACUCUCCCAAGGAAUGGCUAGCCAGCAAAAACCAGUCCAUGGGUGUGGCAAAUAAUAUUAUGGGAAGUGAAAACAGUGUGCAGAUAGUAAGAAGGAAGCCACUACUCUCUCAAUAAUAAUAAUAAUAAAAAAGAACACUGCUGCCCAUCUGGAGUUUGCCCAAGACAGCGUGGAUAAGCCAGGAGCAUAUUGGAAGAAUGUUUUGUGGACAGAUGAAUCCAAAAGAGAACUUUUUGGUUUAAAUGAAAAGCAUUAUGUUUGUCGAAAACCAAACCAUGCAUUCCAACAUCAGAACCUCAUCCCAGCUGUGAAGCAUGGAAGUGGCAGUAUCAAGGUUUGGGGCUGCUGUGCUGCUUUAGGUCUAGGACAGCUUGCAAUUAUUGAUGGAUGAAUUAAUUCUGUAUAGUACUCACAAAUUCUACAGCAGAAUGUCAGGGUAACUGUAUGUAAACUAAAGCUUAACUGUUAGUGGGUCAUGCAGCAAGACAACACACAAGUAAAUCUAUAAAUAAAUGUUUAAAGGAGAAGAAAGUUAGUAUUUUGGAAUGGCCAAGUUAAAAGUCCAAACCUUAACCCAAUAUAAAUCUUGUGGAAGGACCUAAAAAAAAAAAAAAAAAAAAGAA